GGUGCGUCCAGUGUCUGUCCCAGAUCUGGCAUGACGCCUUCCCACACCCUGCGCGCGGCGUUUCCACCUCCAGCCUCCUUCAUCCUUCAUCCCACUUGCAGAACUUCCCUUCUGUCGGCUGACAACUUUGCUUUGUUCGCCUUUAUCCAUUUCUCGUCAGCUUCCUCCGUGACCCGUUCGUUUUCCCCGCUGAUCGACUGCUAUCGUUGUUUCGCAAGGGUUUCCUAGGCCCAUCCAUUGCUUGCGCCUAUAUGCCCUGUAACACUACCUAGUCGCAAUUAUCUAUCGCUUUGCCUUAUCUGAGCUUCCGGGGGUUCGUUCACGCAACCCCUCUACCGAGCAGGCUCCGGCCAUCUCCGCAGCCUUUCCUCCGAGGACAAAGCUGGAAGACUCGGAGCUUCGUAGCCUCUUCGUAUCGUCUGGCAGGACUCGAGAUCAUAUCAGCUACAUUGCGAAGCUACCAGCGACACAGCCCCGAGUAUUCCAUCGGGCAAUCCUAGCAACAUUCGGUAGCAAUGGCUGCCAAGAACCCAUUCGGGUUCACGACAGGUCCAGUCACCUUCUGGCUGAUUGUCGUCUACGCGGCCUUCCUCGUCCCGCUCGUCUGGAUUCACGAAUCCGUGCCGUCUGUCUCCAGCCACAAUCCUUACACUGGUGUCAAUGUAACCGAGGCAUGGCAGGACUUGACGCACAUCACCAAGAACUACCACCCGUACAACAGCCGCGCCAACGAUGAGGUGGGCGCAUACCUCUUGAACCGGAUUGAGGAGAUCUUGAAACGCAAUGGAGUCGACUAUUCCAAGGAAAAGGAUGCAGGUGGCGUUGUCUGGCCUCAGGACGCCCACGGCACACCAGCUCUUCCACGCGAAGAUGCCGUUGAGCGUGCUUCGACUGGCCCCCUCGUAACCGUCUUCGACGACAUAAUCUCCAACGUGACCUACGCUGGCACCUCUGGUCCACUCGGUCAGCCUGGUUCUUCGGCUCGUGCCACUUACUUUGAGGGCACGAACAAGCUUGUAUAUAUCCGCGGCACAGAAGAUGAAGAUGGUGAAUGGUGGAAGGGCAAGCGUGGCAACAUUGGCCAGGGCGGCGUUCUCGUCAAUGCUCAUUACGACUCAGUCUCCACCGGCUAUGGAGCCACUGACGACGGCAUGGGUUGUGUGAGCGUUCUUCAGAUGCUCAACUACUUCACUUCUCCUGGCCAGCAGCCCAAGCGCGGAAUUGUGCUCUUGCUCAACAACGGUGAAGAGGAUGGCCUGUACGGAGCCAGAGCCUACCAUUACAGCCCUCUCUACUACUUCACAACCUCAUUCGUGAAUCUCGAGGGUGCCGGUGCGGGUGGGCGAGCGAUCCUCUUCAGAACCACUGACUUGGAGGUAUCCAAGGCUUACGCAAAUGCGCCUCAUCCCUUUGGAUCCGUCGUUGCUGCAGACGGCUUCAAGCUUCGAGCGAUUAAGAGCGAAACGGAUUACAAGGUUUGGGUCGAGAACUUUGGCCAGCGCGGCCUCGAUAUUGCAUUCUACCGACCUAGAGCGCGGUACCACACGAACCAAGACGAUACCAGACAUGCCUCACAAGAGAGCCUUUGGCACAUGCUUUCCAACGGCUUGGCUGCUGUUGAUUCUCUUCAGAAGACUUCGGGCUCCUUCACUGGUAAGCGCAAUGACGGAGACAAGAAGAAGGUUUCGAGCGGUUCCGGAACAGAGGGCGUUUGGUUCGAUAUGUUUGGCAAGGGAUUCGCCACUCUUGAACUUCGUGGCCUCUUCGCGUGGACAUUGACUCUGCUCAUUGUGUCUCCCCUGAUUUUGGUCCUCGUCAGCUACAUUCUGUCGAGGCAGGACAAGUACUACUUCUUCUCGAGGAAGGUCAAGAUCGAUAUUGACGACGAAUCGGUCCCUCUUGGCGGCUGGAAGGGUUUCUUCCGUUUUCCCUUGGCCCUUAUUUUCUCGGGCGCGAUCACUGUCCUCUCUGCCCUCCUGGUUCGAAGACUCAACCCUGAGGUUGUUUCCAGUAGUCCCUAUGCAGUCUGGGCGACGACUUUGUCUGUGUUCUUCCUCGUGUUCUGGACAAUCUCGCGGGGCGCCAACGCCGUCAGGCCGAGCGCUCUUCAACGCGGUUAUGCCCACAUUCGGCUCUUCAUCUUGAGCUGGGCUAUCCUCGUUGGUGUUACGACCGCUGCCGACAGAUUCCAGAUUGCUUCGGGAUAUCUCUUUGCCUUCUUCCAUUCCGCCGUCUUUGUUGCGACGCUCAUCACUCUCUGCGACCUUUUCGCGCUCCCGAGCAAGCGAGCCUACGCAGAGACGGCUCACGACGAUCAGCAGUCUAGGGAUAACAUAUCCGAGGUUCCCAAUUCUGAUGCUUUGAUUUCUCCGAGUCCGCACGAGGAGGGUACCACCGAAGAGCCCACGGAAACAACGCCGCUUAGGAGUGGCGAUAAUGGCAGUGGAAACAAUGGCACAAUACGCACGACAUUCGCAACAACCUACCGACGCUCGCUCUCUGCCAUCAUGUCCAACCCAGACGACGAUGACGAGGAGACCAAGGAAACAAAAGAGAAGCAGCCCUAUGAGAAAGAACAACCGUGGUCAGCGAAGCUCCCAUCUUGGACCUGGUUCUUCCAACUCCUUCUGCUCGCUCCGAUCACCAUCAUCGUCUUCCUCCAAGUUGCUCUGUUCAUCACCUCGGCCAUGCAGUCCAUUGGCGCCGAUGGUGUGGACCCUUUGCUUCUCUAUACCGCGAUCGCCGUCUUCAGUAUCAUGAUCUCUUUGCCUCUUACCCCCUUCAUCCACAGGACGAGCUCCUACGUGCCGUUGGCCCUGUUGUUCAUUUUCCUCAUCAGUCUCAUCUACAACCUUGCCGCCUUCCCGUUCUCCGCGAACAACCGCUACAAGGUCAAGUUCAUUCAGCGCUUGGAUCUGGACAAUGGAAACUCUUCGGUUUCGAUUCUAGGUCUGCAAAAGUACGCCCGCAAAAUGAUCAACGAGUUGCCAUCCGCGGCAGGCCGGGAAGUCAUUUGCACUCCAUCGGCUGGCUUGCUAUCUGAUUGUCGGUUUGAUGGAUCUGCGGUGUUGCCCAGACUGCCUGAGUUCAAGGGCACCUCUUCUUCCGGACUCGAGUCUUCAAAGGAUCCAUACGCACAUCUCGUGACUGUUAACAUCACUUACUCGAACUCGACCAACGAGUAUGAGCUCUGCAUUGAUGCCCCAGAGUCAAAGCAGUGUGUUCUCGAUUUCGACGACGCCGUGACGUUUGACGUUCGGGAGAGCGCCGGUAUCGAUUCCCUCUUCAGCUCACCUACUGAGGGGGGCAUUGACGGCAUCACGCUCUGGCGAAGAGACUCUUCUAUCCCAUGGACGAUUGACGUCAAACCAGCCGCCAAGCCCUCGUUCGCUAAGCCCAUGGAGUCAGGUCAUGAGGAGGCUCCCAAGGAACACGAGGAACUUCGGAUUCGCCGGGUUCGAAAGCCUACAGGAUUCAGCGGAACGAUAUCAUGCUCUUGGAGCGAUGCCAACGUUCGCGGGACAAUCCCUGCCUUGGACGAAGCUUUGCAAUAUGCCCCUGACUGGAUCGCCGUCACAAAGCAAGACGUAGGCCUGGUCAAGGCAUACAAGCGCUUCAAGGCCUAAGUGGAUAUUGGAACUUAUCUCACUGUCAACUUAGUGGAUUUUGAUUUCGUUGUGUUUCAUGGGGUUGUAAAGGAGGACGCGCGGGUUCAUGGCUCGAGCGAUACAUGAGAGGCUAUGGACCGAUGGAAAGCUGGAAUAGUGCUUUACUUCAUGGCGGUCGGCGACUGGAAUUUUGUUCAUUGGAUGGCGUUUCGAGAGGCAUCUUUUACGUUAGCAUGCGAUCAUGGGGUACAGCAUAAUCACUGGUGGCUAGGCUGCGGACGGGUAACGAAAGCAUGCGCAAUAGGUAUCAAUUUGAAGUAUCAUUCAGGAAACGCC